GCGCUGCGCCGAGUCGCUUCUGACAGUAGCGGGACCGAGUCGGUUGUGUGGUUGUGGGGGUCUUUGCCGCUACCGGGCCGCCCUUCUUCUUCUCAGUUCUGCCCUCCCAGAUUCCAGGAGUCCACGCCAGGGCCAGCCAUCGUCUGUCUGCCUCUCUCCCACCCCUUCACCCCUGGUCCACAGCAGUGUCCUGUAUAGUCUACUAUAAGGGAGCCUGCUUCUCUGCUCAUACGAGUGAUGAAGGAAUUGAGGACUCCUGGCUGGCAGGCAGGAAACGCUGCUGCUGAGUUCAGGUUUGGUGCCAGCAUGACGAGUGAGGUGAUCGAAGAUGAGAAGCAGUUCUAUUCGAAGGCCAAGACCUACUGGAAGGAGGUCCCUCCCACGGUGGACGGCAUGCUAGGGGGGUAUGGCCACAUCUCCAGCAUCGACAUCAGCAGCUCCCGGAAGUUCCUGCAGAGGUUUUUGAGGGAAGGCCCAAACAAGACAGGCACCUCCUGUGCCUUGGACUGUGGGGCAGGCAUCGGCAGGAUCACCAAGCGGCUGCUGCUGCCGCUUUUUAGCGUGGUGGACAUGGUAGACGUGACGGAGGACUUUCUGGUCAAAGCCAAGACCUACCUGGGUGAGGAUGGCAAGAGAGUGAGGAACUACUUCUGCUGUGGCCUCCAGGACUUCAGCCCCGAGCCCAGCUCCUACGAUGUCAUCUGGAUCCAGUGGGUGAUAGGCCACCUGACAGAUCAGCAUCUGGCCGAGUUCCUGCAGCGCUGCCAGCAGGGCCUGAGCCCCAAUGGCAUCAUCGUCAUCAAGGACAACAUGGCCCAGGAGGGUGUGAUCCUGGACGAUGUGGACAGCAGUGUGUGCCGGGACCUUGACGUGGUCCACAGGAUCAUCCGCAACGCGGGCCUCAGCCUCCUGGCCCAGGAGCGGCAGGAGAACCUUCCCGAGGAGAUCUACCAUGUCUACAGCCUGGCUAUGAGAUGAGCAGCAGCUGGGACUGACCCAGGGACCCACCUGACAGAGUGGGAGCUCCCAGUGCCCCAGUCAAGUGCAGGAGUGUGGCAGGGCCACUAAAUAGACCACCUGCUGUCUGUCCACUACUGAAAAGGGAAUGUGGGGCACUUCUGGAUGGGACAGCAAGGUGCAGGGGCCCGUAGCACUGGCCCCUGGUGCUCCCUACACAGGAUGUGCUCUGGAAACAGUCUCUGUGAAUACCACCUGGCUGCCUUAAGGGGAGCAAACAGCCUUGAACUUGGCUGUUAGACUUUGCCUCUAAUGGGAGGGGAGAGGAGCUGGGCUAGCUGCGCCCUCCUGGCUAUUUAUGUGGACUCUUGCUUUGUUGGGGGCUGGGGUGGGGUCCUGGUGUCCUUCAUGUGAUAGAUGGGCCUGCAGCAAGGGGAGAGAAGCUGCACUCUUGGCUAUACCUUCUGGCUCCUCCUUGGCAGACAUUUUCAGUCCCAAAUAAAAAGGUGUUAAUCCUCUCCUGCCA